UCUGUCGUCGGAACCCAGUAGCAAUAAGUUGCCAAAUUACACAGCGGUCGGAAGUCGGAACGAACAGUUACAAGAUUCCCAAAUAAAAGAAAAUGAGGGUCAUUUUUAGUUUGUUGUCCAUUUUCAUGUUGCUCGUCAAUGGAAGUGGAGCUGUUGAGUGCGGAAUUGCCAAUCGGCCAAUCAGCAGAAUAGUUGGUGGUAUGGAGACGAAACCCAACGAAUUCCCCUGGAUGGUUUAUUUGAGGGUUAAGUUUUGGAGCGGUGAUUCCGCUCAAUGCGGUGGAACUCUUAUCAGUGACCGAUGGAUCCUUACGGCCGCUCAUUGUCUUUACGGAGUUGUUGACGUCACCGCAAUUCUGGGAGCGCAUGACGUAACCAAUUCCAACAGUUUACCAAGACAAGAAUUCAGUACCAAGAAAUGGAACAUCCAUCCACUUUGGUCUUACGGACAAGUGGAAAAUGACGUUGCCCUUGUUCAGUUGCCGGUAGCGGCCGUAAUGUCCGAUUACGCUCGACCGGCCUGUUUGCCUUAUUCGGAUGACCCAAAUUUCGUUGAUUUUGAUGUAACCAUCACCGGAUGGGGAAAUUAUUCCAGUGCCAUUGACAGCGGAACGAGCCCAGUUUUGCGGAGUGUCCGUUCUUCCGUCAUCGAUUCUUCCGGAACGACCGGAAUUUGUCAGCAGAAAGCCUCCGGCGAGGGAGUGGGUCCUUUUCACGGCGACAAAAUCAUUUGCAGUGAUUCGAGUUACAAUCGACACUUUUGUCACGGCGAUGAUGGGGGACCGAUGAAUCUUUACAAUUCCUAUUGGAACACUUACACGGUAGUGGGUGUGGCCUGGAUUGGUGACACGAGUUGUUCGAUUUCCACGAAACCGAACAUUUGCGCGCGUGUCAGUUACUUUAUCGAUUGGAUUCACGACACGACGGGCAUCCCCCGAAUUCCCAGACCAACCACAACCACCACAACAACAACGCCUGCACCAACCACUAGCUACUUUACCUGUGAAGGAAAACCUAGCGGAAUUUACCCGAAUCCGGCCUGCGACUGUUGCACUACUUUUUACAAAUGUUCCAACGGCUACGCUUAUCUUUACGACUGUCCUGAUGCUGGAACGGUGUUUGAUCCCGAAAUAUUGGUCUGCGUCUACCCGGGAAAUUUGCCGGCCUGCGAAGGUUCAGCGCGUUAAAAAGAAGCUAAUUCCAAUUCAUUUUAACGUUAGGAAAGCAGCCGAAAUAAUCAGAACAAUGAGACAUGAUCAUUUUACAAUUAAUUGAAAUACAAAUCGAUUCUCUGGUUAUAUCCUCAGAGUGAAUAAUAAAAAAUUCUCUGUAAUAUUUGAUCAU